AUGCACCUCGCUUCUAAUAGAAUCAGUGAUGAGGGGUCACAAUAUCUCGCCAAUGCUCUCUCAAAUAAUUCAGUACUCACUACACUCAAUCUCACGGGCAAUCAAAUCGAAGGGCAAGGGGUGCAAUAUUUCGCCAAUGCUCUCUCAAAUAACACGACACUCACCACACUUGAUCUUCAUUUCAAUCAAAUUGGAGAUCAAGGGGCACAACAUCUCGCCAAUGUUUUACAAAACAACACAACACUCAUGACACUCGAUAUUCAUUGGAAUCAAAUUGGAGAGCUGGGAGCGCAGCAUUUAGCCAAUGCUUUGCGCAACAAUUCGACAUUACACAAGUUGGUUCUCAUAUAUGUCAACCAUAUAUCGUCGACACUGCUUGAUGAAUUGCAAAAGAACGAUGAUCGUAUUGCUUGA